AAUAAAAAAUAAAAUUCGUAGAUUUGUAAGCCAAUUAGAAGUUUGUGGAGUUUUAUAGUUGGGGCUUUUGUCAGGGUUUUGCAGCAGCUGAUCAAUCCUCGCCCAUCCGAAAAUCUUCCAGUUUCUCCUCAUCAUGUCUUAUCUUUUGAGAAGAGCUCCACUUCGUUUGGGGGCUAUGGUUGCUGUUGGGUCAGGCCUCAUUUACUCUAACAAUGCCAGUAAUUAUGAGACAUCUGUGUGCGGUGUGAUGCCUGUACAGUUUCGAGAUACGUUACAUUCGUCAUGGCUGGUUAUGCAAGAUAUGCUUCCUCAUCAGUAUUUUUCAUCUAUGGACCCUUCAAAAUAUGGACAUUUUCCAUUUCUUUUUUCAAGAUUUGCCUCAGCCGAAUCAGCUCCAUCUGAGGAUGCAAAAAAAUCAGCCCCAUUAGAUGGUGGAGAUGGUACAAAACCUUGUUGUGGAUGUUUAGGCAGAGAUACAAUUGCCAAUGCUGCUGCAAAGGUUGGUCCUGCUGUAGUAAAUUUGUCGGUUCCGCGUGGUUAUCAGGGACUUACUGUUGGAAAGAGCAUGGGCUCUGGAUUUAUUAUAGACAAAGAUGGUACUAUUCUGACCUGUGCUCAUGUGGUUGUGGAUUCUCAGUACUUAAGUACUUCAUCAAAAGGCAAGGUUGAGGUGACUUUGCAAGAUGGUCGAACUUUUGAGGGUACAGUUGUCAAUGCUGAUUUGCAUUCAGAUAUUGCUAUUGUAAAGAUCAAUUCAAAAACUCCGCUUCCCUGUGCAAAGCUUGGUUCAUCAAGGAAGCUACGCCCUGGGGAGUGGGUAGUAGCUGUAGGCUGUCCCCUUACACUUCAAAACACCAUAACUGCGGGUAUUAUUAGUUGUGUUGAUCGUAAGAGCAGUGAUCUGGGUAUUGGAGGAAUGCGAAGAGAAUACUUGCAAGUAGAUUGUGCAAUUAAUGCGGGUAAUUCUGGUGGACCCCUUGUCAACAUUGAUGGAGAAGUUGUUGGUGUUAAUAUAAUGAAGGUGGCAGCGGCCGAUGGACUAGCAUUUUCUGUUCCUAUUGAUUCUGUAACUAAAAUAGUAGAGCACUUCAAAACAAAGGGGAGGGUUGUUCGACCUUGGAUUGGCCUGAAAAUGCUUGAUCUUAAUGAUAUGAUUGUUGCUCAACUUAAGGAAAGAGAUCCAUCGUUUCCUGUUGUGAGUAAAGGUGUUCUAGUACCUGUGGUCGUUCCAGGCUCCCCUGCUGAUCGCUCUGGUUUUCGUCCUGGUGAUGUUGUUGUUGAAUUUGAUGGAAUUCCAGUUCAGAGCAUUACUCAGAUCACGGAUAUAUUGGGUGACAAAGUAGGGAAACCCCUGAAGGUCAUCGUAAAACGAUCUAAUGAUAUAUCAGUGACACUAACAGUGAUCGCAGAGGAGGCAAAUCCAGAUAUGUAGACUGUAGGGAGUUCUUAUUUUUGUACCGGAUAAUAUUUAUGCACCGUUACUUUGCAUCAUAAAUCAUUGAUCUCAGCUGGAAAACUAACUGUGAAGGGAAAACACAAAAUGUAUAGAAAUUUUUAUCUUUAUAUGAACCAACAAUUUUUGCUUAAUAA